UGUCCAUCGCGAUCACAUGCAAAUGCAGUAUUUAUUAUUAGCCUCCAAAUUUGCCGGCCCCGGUCCAGUUCCUUCAAUACGGCGUCGUUUUAGGCCUCGAAACUCUUGUCUAUUUCCUUCUCUUCUCUCGUCGGUUACUAUAAACGCAACCCAAUCAUCUCUCUUUCUUCUUCUUCUUCUUCUUCACACUGAGUUGACUCGGUCUUCGUAACUCGCUCUCUGGUCUCAGCUACUCAUCGCUGUUUCUGCAUUUUCUCCUCCGAUCACUCUCUCUCUUCAUCCGGUGUGUAAGACUGAAGCUGACAGCGAUGUCAGAGAAUGCUCUUAGGGAUCUCAAUACAAUUCCUGGAGCUGAAAGGAAGAAUGAGGACUCCAGUAAGGCCUGUUUAACCAAGCCUUCCGCUGACAAUGCUGGUGAAAAUGCCGAAGAACGACAAAAGAAAAAGAGUUGCGCCUCCUUGGAUUCUCCAUCUGUUAAUGGAAACCAGGAUGGGACUGCUAAUUCUGGUGUAGAGAUUAUAGAAGUAGAAUACAUUGAUUCUGAGAACUUGAAUGAUCUAGAAGAUGUUGAUACUUGUCUCAAGACCCUCUUAUCUGGACUUGACUCGAAGGAUUGGGUCCUGCUUUGUGAUUCAUUAAAUAAUGUACGCCGUUUAUCUAUAUUCCACAAGGAAGCAAUGCUUGAUAUGCUGGGGGAUGUGAUCACAUCUAUUGCAAAGUCCCUGAAAAAUCCUAGAAGUGCUGUUUGCAAAACUGCCCUUAUGACCUGCGCUGACAUUUUCAGUGUUUAUAAUGAUCUUAUAAUAGAUUCACUGGAUCCUCUUCUAGUACAGCUUCUUCUCAAGUCUUCCCAGGACAAACGCUUUGUAUGUGAGGCAGCGGAAAGAGCCUUGAUAUCAAUGACUACUUGGAUUUCUCCUAUUACUUUGUUGCCAAAAUUGCAACCAUGCCUUAAGAACAAGAAUCCCCGUAUUCGUGCAAAGGCAUCAAUGUGCUUUUCUCGAAGUGUUCCACGACUGGGUGCAGAAGGCAUAAAGACAUACGGGAUUGACAAAUUGAUCCAAGUAGCUGCAGCACAGUUGAGUGACCAGCUCCCUGAGUCCAGGGAAGCGGCUCGAGCUCUCCUCAUUGAGCUUCAAAAUGUGUAUGAGAAAUUUCAGGAUCUUAUGCCAGCUACUGUCUCUGAGCAGCCGGAAACUGUCUCUGAGCAGCCGGAGACUGUCUCUGAGAAGCCGGAGCCAGGAUCUUGGGAGAGCUUCUGCCAGUCACAACUUUCUCCUUUAAGUGCUCAAGCUGUACUUCGUGUUACCAGUAUCGCUAGGGAAGGUCUUGUUUCAUGACAUACGCAUAAGCUUCACUUACCAUACUUCACGAUUUCCUGGUUUGCUUGUCAUUUUUCUUCUGUAAAUACAGUGCGACAAUUGAGAUGAUUGAGUUGCUGUCGAAGCACGUAUGAGCUGAAGAUUUAUGAUGUAUUUUUUCCCUAGUUGUGGUUACCUAUGUUACCUUGAUUCAUAUUUGAUAGAUAUAUAAAUCACGUUAAUUCCGUUGUUCCA